AUGGCCUCCCGUAGCGCGGGCACACUACUGACCGAAUUCAAUGCCGCCUUCGUGCCCCCCGCCCUCAUGCCCGGGUAUAAAGGCCAUGUCCCCGGUGUGGCUUCCUCCUUCGGCUCCCCAUAUGGCAACACCACCUUCAAGUACUUCCAGGACCUCCGCAAUACAGCCUUGGAGAAGAGCUAUGCACUCCUCAGUGGAGGCCGCUUUCCCACCAUCUUCUCCCCUAACCCCUCCCUGGUGCUGGAUAGCCAAGUGCAGAACUGGGAUCGCUGGCUGCAUCUGCCCAUCUACACGCGGUUCAACCUGGACAAAGGGCGCAACUCUGAGAUCACUAACUUCUACCAGACAGUACAACAGCAGCGGCAGCACUACAAGGACAAGACUGGCACGGUGCCCCGUGUUCCCUACUUCGUGCUGCCUGUGAAGGAGCAGAGCCGGUACCCGCUACCCACCGACUUGCCUCCUCUGAGCCCGAAGAGUAAGUGGCACCUUCUCAGAGUGUCCCCCGACUACCUGAAGCCCUACCAGACCUUCCCAUCAGGGAAGAGAGUCUCCUCACAAGAGCGGCAACGGAGGGACCUUUACUUCGAGUUCAGAGCCUGA